CAUACGUAUAGCACUGCCUCUGCUCGGGUCUUCCCUUCUGGGUAAUAUCCGCACGCAUACAUACAGCACAGUACUCAAUAGAGGGUGGACUGAGGACUCCCUUUCCCACCGUGACCGGCAAAAGCUGGGCCCAACUUGCCUUUGUGCAAGCAAAGCUGCGACAGUCAAGGCGCGCGGGCAAAGUAGAAACCGGACGACGGCUCCGGGAGUUGUCUAGAACGAGCAUAGACCCCCUUGAAGACAAGGUUAAGGUUGAGUGUAGGCCUAUCUAAAGCACGGACUGCUGCCUUUGUGUACCGCCGGACAACAGUUCGUUCGAACCGUCGAAGCCACGGGGCGAGAGCAGCCGUUCGCAAUGUCAGUCAGUCCGGACAACACCGUCCUGAAGAGUGGGCUGGACCGUGGGCUCGCGAGGGUGCAAGCCUUGUUUCUACGAUGUCGCGCAUUGCUGUUUCCAGACGCCCAGUCGCGAUUUUUAGCGCCUUCCAAGCAUAAGCGGAAAAUUUUCGUCAACAUACCUAUACCUCCGGAGGAAGUUCAUUGCGCGUCUCCGACGGACUUUACGACCCACUUCCAGGGCAAUGAGAUUCGUUCCGCAAAAUAUACUCCGUUGACGUUUAUUCCCAGAAAUUUGUUGGAGCAGUUCAGAAGACUGGCCAACGUGUACUUCCUCUUGAUGGUCAUCAUGCAAGCCAUGCCGCAGUUUUCCAUCGCAUCACCGAUCCUGGCGGCGAUGCCUCUUAUUGUAAUCAUGGGGAUCACGGGGAUCAAAGACGGCUUCGAAGACUGGAAGCGGCAUCAAUCCGACAACGAGAUCAACAAUCUAAAAACGCUGACGCUCGCAAACUGGCAAAACGUCCACUCGAUCCACGACAAGGCAGGAUGGUUGGACAGAUUUCGCAGCCGCAGUUAUGAUACUUCCCAAACAAUAGUGCAGAAACAACAGGACGUAGGCGUACUGCCAACCGCGGACAUAGUGAACGUUGCCGAAGACGGAUGGGCAAAGACUGCGUGGCGAAACCUGAAAGUGGGGGAUUUUGUGAUGUUGAAAUCCGACGACCGAGUGCCAGCCGACAUCCUCAUCCUGUCCACCAGCGAUUUCAACAACAUCAGCUUCGUAGAGACGAAGAGCCUAGAUGGUGAAACGAACCUCAAAUGCUGCGAGGCGCUGAAAGGACUCCCACGGAUGAACACCGCCGAAGAAUGCCGGAAUUUCAAAACGAUCAUAGAGUCGGAGCCACCAACGCUGAACCUCUAUUCAUUCAGCGGAACCUUGCUUUGGCGGCGGAAGGACGCGAGCGGCUUGAAACCGGACGACCAGCACUACCUCCCGAUCAACAUUCAAAACGUCCUACUGCGUGGUUCGAUUCUCCGCAACACCGAAUGGAUUAUCGGAAUGGUGUUAUUCACUGGAAAAGACUCCAAAGUGGUUCUGAACGCCGGCCUCACUCCAUCGAAGCGGUCCCUCAUCGAAAAGCAGAUGAACCCGCAGGUCGCGCUCAACUUCCUGCUGUUGAUUGUCAUGUGCAUCAUCAUUGCGGUCAUGGAUAGCAAUUACGCGUCAAAGUGGUCAAGUACUGUCAGUAAGGAAAUCCCGUGGGUACUCACGAAGAAACAUGCCGCAACGGCACUGUAUACGUUCUUUACUAGCAUGAUCAUGCUGCAGAAUGUUGUGCCGAUCUCGCUGUACAUUACCAUCGAGGGUGUGAAGACCCUUCAGGCGUAUUUCAUCCACAGCGACGUUGACAUGUACCACGAGGAAAUCGACAAGCCCUGCGUACCCCGAGCAUGGAACCUGUCCGACGAUCUCGGUCAGAUCGAGUACAUCUUCUCCGACAAAACGGGCACGCUAACGCAGAACAAGAUGGAGUAUAUCCGCUGCAGUAUAGCGGGAACCGUUUAUGGAGAAGGGUACACGGACGUAACAGCCGACAACGAGGGAAUCGAUCUCAAAACGCGCGCAGAGCGGACGGUGGAGAUGGGAGUGCAGAUGAAGGCGAAUUUAAAGAAAGUCUGGGACAACCCGUUCCUGUCGGAGGAGCUCACUUUUCUGGACAAACAGAUAUGCCAGGAUUUUCUGGAAGAUCCCGAGAAGCGAAACAACAUUGAGAUGUUUUUUACACUUCUUGCCGUGUGCCACACCGUUCUGUCGCCGAAGGUUCCGAUCGAUCUUGCCAACCCGCAUUCUGUCAUCUAUAACGCUCAAUCGCCUGAUGAGCAGGCGCUGGUUGCCGGCGCGAAGGACUUCGGGAUCGUGUACCAAUCGCGCACGCAGGACAGCAUCACAAUCUUGGUACAUGGCAAGCCAUUCACAUUUAAAGUCCUGAACGUGAUUGAGUUCACGUCAACGCGGAAACGGAUGUCCGUCAUUGUACAGGCCGUCGAGGAGCCACACACCAUCUACCUAUUCAGCAAAGGCGCCGACAGCGUGAUAUACGAACGGCUAGCCCCCGGCCAAAUCGCCGUCGAAAAGACAACAUUAGGCCAUCUAGAAACCUUCGCAAACGAAGGUCUCCGCACCCUCGUCCUUGCCUACCGCAUCCUAUCCCCCGCCGAAUUCAGCGCAUGGAACGCCCGCUGGCAACAAGCCGCCUGCGCCCUGCACAACCGCGACACGGAGCUCGAAAACGUCGCCGAGCUCAUCGAGGUCAACCUUACCCUCAUCGGUGCCACCGCCAUCGAGGACAAGCUCCAAGACGACGUCCCCGAGUGCGUAUCCCUCCUCCGACAAGCGGGUAUUAAGCUCUGGGUGCUCACGGGCGAUAAGCUCGAGACAGCCAUCAACAUCUCCUUCGCAGCCAAUUUGUUGUCCGAGGACCAAACGUUGCUCGUCCUCCGCGCCCACUCCGCCUCAACGAUCAUGCAGCAAUUACGCGAGACGUAUGCGGAAUUACAGGCGGGGAAACAUGAGGUUGCGAUGAUUAUCGAUGGGGAGUCGUUACGGCAUGCAUUGGCGAGCGAUGAGGCGAGGGCGCUGUUGUUGGAGGUGGGGACGCGGUGUGUGACGGUGGUGUGUUGUCGGGUUAGUCCGAAGCAGAAGGCGGAGGUUGUGAGGUUGGUGAAGCAUGGGAAGAGGGCGAUGUGUGCGGCUAUUGGGGAUGGGGCGAAUGAUGUCAGUAUGAUCCAGGAAGCCAACAUCGGCAUCGGCAUUUCCGGGCUGGAAGGGCUGCAGGCUGUGCUUGCCGCCGAUUACGCGUUUGGCCAAUUCAGGUUCCUGUCAAAACUUGUGUUGGUUCAUGGGAGAUGGAGUUACUAUCGCACUUCGGAAAUGAUCUUUAACUUCUUCUACAAGAACAUGACAUGGGUGUUUGCACUGUUCUGGUAUCAGAUCUUUUGCGGCUUCAGCGGCCGCAUUCUCUAUGAUUAUACAUAUCUGAUGUUCUUCAACCUGAUUUUCACGUCGCUUCCUUGCAUGGUACUUGGUAUCUUCGACCAAGACGUCGACGCCAAAAACGCCGUCUCCAUCCCACCCCUCUACGCCCCCGGAAUCAAACGCACGCUCUUCACCAUCAAACGCUUCGUCUUCACCGUCAUCUCCGCACUAUACCAGUCCGCCGUCUGCUUCUUCAUCCCCUACAUCGCGAUGCCCCCAGAAUGGAGCACGCUGCAGCUUGGCUCGCUGGUCGCGCUGUGUGUGAUCGUGACCGUCAACCUCGGAGUCGUGUGCUCCGUGAAACACUGGACGUGGAUCGUGUUUGCGGUGGUCAUAUUGAGUAUCGGCAGUUUCGUUGUUUAUGUCCCGAUAUACGCCGUGUUUCCGAAGAGUCAGGCUGCGGGGACAUUACUCGGCACGUAUGGGAACCCGGCAUUCUGGGCUUGUCUGUUCCUGACCGUCGUGGUUUCGCUUGGACCGCGGUUCGCGUGCGGAGCGUACCAGAGUAUGAAGGCGCAUCCGUCUGACCUGCAGAUCAUCCGUGAGCGGCAGAACCAGCAACUGGGCGUGCCACCGCGGGUCGUCAGAGUCGGCAAGAACGAAGAGGUGAUGCUUGUGGAAGAGAACCUCGUCGGACGGAGAGUGUCGUUGAUGAAAUCAAAGAGUUCGCUCUCUCUGGCAAUAGCGGAUUCUGCUAUUGCGAGUCCAACGGGGAAACCUACAUCCCCGCAUGGGCCGCAAUCACCAGUGCUCAGUAAGGUGCUAAGUACAACGUUCUCCAUGCAUUCCAAACCACCGACGGAGAUCCUUCUGGAAGAGCCGGAAGGCGAGCAGACCGCCGAAUGGGGGGAACAAAUGCAGCGGUCAAAAUCGGACACGUACGUCCCGCAACAAAACAGCUUCACGGCAUCAACGGUCGUGCAACCACAUGUCCCCGGUGCCCGACCCGCUCGCCCAAUAUCGUCGGAAGCGAAAGGCUCAACCGUGCAUUUCGCACCGUCCACCUACAAGUCCAGUGAAGGCUUCGACACGAUCGAAGACGGCGACUCGGCAGCCCCGCACCCCGUGCGUACCAACCGCUUCAGCAACCGCUCCGCACCCGUGCAGCGGCUCACCCUCAAUACCACCAGCCAUACCCUCCUACCCGGCGCCGGCGGUGGAGUGUCACCAUACACGCCGGUCCUGACAGGCCGCACAUCCCUCCACUUCCUCGACUCUGGGGCCGUGUCUACCAACACGGGUUUCGCGUUUGCGUUUGAUGACCAUCCGCAUGCGUCCAUGAUGCAUACGCGGUCGCCGUCGGUUGAUGCCCGGGAGGACGGUGCGAGUAGCUCGACAGGGAGUCUGCCGAGGGUGCCGAGGCAUGCAAGUAUGGAUGAACUGAGGACGAAGCCGAAAGGGUUCAGAUGAGGGACGUCGCGAGUGUUGGAUCCUACAAGCCGGACGAUACCGAGACAGAUAGACUUCCGGUUCCCCCUUCCGCCUGUCGGCUGCAUCUUCCGACAAAUUACCUGCCGCUUUUGCGUCCCCACUGUCUCGUAAAAACCCCCGCUCCAACAACACACCAACAACACACCAAACCACGCCCGCAACCAACCAAUUUUGUGCUUCCAUUUACAUCAUCUGUGUGCCAUCUACGCGUGUCAGCGUCACCAGUCUUUCUGUAUCUCUUUUUUUGAAUACCUCGUACUGUACUGUAUGUAGAAAUUGUUUUUGUUCAACACGCCGCUUUAAGUUUUCGCUCUGGAGAUAUUCGUGCGUCGGAGGGAGAAGCACGCGUGCGUCACCGCCUGAUGAGUCAAACGCGCCCCCCACACGGCGUCACAUGCAAAGAGCGAGCGGAGG